GCAGUGUGACAAAUCGCAAGCAUGGCUUCAGGAAUGCCCAUCAUCGUGUUGAAUCAAAACACAAAACGUGAAUCUGGAAGAAAGGUUCAGAUAGGAAAUAUCGAUGCAGGAAAGACUGUAGCAGAUAUUAUCCGAACAUGUCUGGGUCCAAGGUCUAUGUUGAAGAUGUUGAUGGACCCGAUGGGAGGCAUUGUCAUGACAAAUGAUGGAAAUGCUAUCUUGAGAGAGCUGAAUGUGCAGCAUCCAGCUGCCAAGUCGAUGAUUGAGGUUGCCAGAACACAGGAUGAGGAGACUGGAGACGGCACCAAAUCUGUCAUCAUUCUGGCUGGUGAGGUUCUGUCAGUGGCAGAACAGUUCAUCCGCCAACAGAUGCACCCAACCAUUAUCAUCGCUGCCUACAGGCAAUCUUUGGAAGACAUAUUGGAAGAACUGAAAAACAAAGUCGCUGUGCCCGUGGAUGUGACCAACAAAGAAGAGAUGAUGAAGAUUGUAAAGAGCUGUCUUGGAACAAAGUUCAUCAGCAAAUGGAUGGACCUUGCAUGUCAGAUUGCUCUCGAUGCCACCAGCACAGUUGUUGUAGAGGAGAACGGGAAGAAAGAGAUUGAUAUCAAACGAUACGCCAAAGUUGAAAAGAUUCCUGGAGGUCUUCUGGAGGAUUCCAAAGUUUUGAAGGGAGUGAUGAUCAACAAGGAUGUUACUCAUCCUAAAAUGAGGAGGAGGAUUGAGAACCCACGUAUUUUGCUAUUGGACUGCAAUCUAGAGUACAAGAAAGGCGAGAGUGUGACAAACAUUGAGAUCUCCCAAGAACAAGAUUUCUCCAAAAUCUUGAAGCUUGAGGAGGAGUACAUCGAGAAGAUCUGUAAGGAAAUCAUUGCCUUCAAGCCAGACUUGGUGAUCACAGAGAAGGGCGUGUCAGACUUGGCCCAACACUACCUGGUCAAGGCUAACAUCAGUGUGAUCAGACGCGUGCGCAAGUCGGACAACAACAGAAUUGCCAGGGCUUGUGGAGCCACCAUUGCCAACAGAACUGAUGAGCUCCGUGAGGAAGAUAUUGGAACUGGCUGUGGACUGUUUGAAGUUGAUAAAAUUGGAGACGAGUACUUCACUUUCCUGACGGAGUGCAAGAACCCCAAGGCCUGUACCAUCCUGCUGCGUGGCGCUAGUAAGGAUGUGCUGAUGGAGGUGGAGAGGAACCUGCAGGAUGCCAUGAACGUGGCUCGCAAUGUUCUCAUCGACCCCUAUCUGGUGCCCGGAGGAGGCGCCGCUGAAAUGGCUCUGGCACAGGCACUGAACGAGAAAGCAAAGAGCAUCACAGGUGUCCACCAGUGGCCGUACCGUGCGAUCUCACGGGCCCUCGAGGUCAUCCCAAGGACUCUGAUCCAGAACUGUGGAGCCAGCACCAUCCGCACCCUAACUGCCCUCAGGGCAAAACAUGCCCAGCCCAACAACUCUACCUGGGGCAUUGACGGCAACACCGGCACCCUUGUGGACAUGAAGACCUUUGGUGUAUGGGAGCCUGUCUCUGUGAAACAGCAGGUCUACAAGACAGCAGUUGAGACGGCCAUCCUGCUGCUGCGUAUCGAUGACAUUGUCUCAGGAGUGAAGAAACAGGGCGCUGAUGGCGGUGGCGCCCCCUCUGGUCCCCCGCCACAGGCCUCUGAGGGCCCCGAGCCUUGAUGGAUGUUAGCACUUAGCGCUCACUGCAUGAUGAUUUCAUUUGUGUUUGUUUUUACACAUUUGCCUCUGGGUUUCUUUGUAGCUGUGCUGCUUGUGUGUUUAUUCAUCCAGUGGUUUUUUUUGGAACGUAAGAGUGUGCCUGUGAGAAUGUAUACUGUGAUGUGUUUUAUACUUGUACAAUGACUCAGUAGGAACAGACAUUAAACCUUGUAUGUAAGGUUAACUUGGAAGCUCAGCUUCGUAGACCUGUAUAUAUGAAUACUUAUAACGUAACUUUAUUCAGAGCAGAAGAACAGAGAAUGCUGAAGCAUUGUGGCUCAUGUAGAACUCAUCAUGUUUUCUACUUUUUAAUACGUGUAAUACAAGCGUUUGGUUGCCCAGUGUUCAAGUGAUAGGGAGUCAUUUGGAAGGCAUUAGUGUGAAUGUCUGUGUGGCUUUGAAUAUCUUAAAACUUAAAAGUUUUCAUCAUUUUGACAAUAAUAAACUCUUUUGAGUGAAAA